AUACUUCAACCCUUGUCUGCUGCGCUUUGAGCCAUACCAAUCCAGGUCAUACAAACACCAUUGCUACAAACACCAUUGCUGUGACCUGUCCAUCACACACAAAUUAUUAAACCAUACAGACCUGCACAAUCACAUUUGACAUAAUAAAAACUUGCUGUUUUCUUUAGUCAAAUUUGUGAGCAGCAUUAUUUCUAUUCAGGAAAGUGCUGAGAUUCUUCUUCCGGAAUACUUGUCCUUGUUGAUGUGGUGACUGCUUUAUAAAAGUGUACCCUGGGACUCAAGAUCUAUUUUUACACUCUCCAAAUUCGCCAGAGAUUCAAAGAGCAUCCAGAUAUUGAUUAACCAUAUCUGUCGAUCAUUCUUUGGGAGACAUCUGAGUUGAAAGAUUUGCUAUCAGCGGCAUCAUGGCGCCGACCAGCUCUAACUACAACCGGGACGAAAAGGUUCUUUGUUUUCACCAUGAAGUACUCUAUGAGGCCAAGAUCAUGGACAUGAGACAUGUCGACCCUGAUGAUCGCAAGAGUCCCUACGAAUAUUUAGUGCACUACAAAGGCUGGAAAAACACUUGGGAUGAUUGGGUUCCCCAGGAACGCCUUCGGAAAUUCACAGAAGAGAAUCGGGAGCUAGCUGCUCAGAUUCGAAGAGAAGUUACUGCUCAGAUGUGGGGGAAAUCUAAUGUCACCACCAGCAAGACCUCCAAGCGGAGAGGAGGUUCAGACUCUGGACGAGGUAGUGAAGAACGACAAUCUUCAGUACCUGCGAAAGGCACCAAGAGAGGCCGUGACAAUGAGAUUGAAAAGGAGGACCAAUUCCACCUGCGGCCGUCGAUCCGCAUCAUGCUCCCUGAUACCCUCAAAGCAUUGCUUGUGGAUGACUGGGAAAAUAUAACCAAGAACCAGCAAGUUGUGGCAUUACCGGCUCAUCACUCUGUGAAUGAGAUACUCCAGUCCUACUCUGAAGAGGAGAAACCAAAACGCACAACAACAGCUGAAUUAGAUAUCCUCGAAGAAGUGAUCAUGGGUAUCAAAGAGUACUUUGACAAGUCACUGGACAAGGUCCUACUCUAUAAGUUUGAAAGAGAGCAGUAUCGAUUAUUGCGCCAGAAAUGGGAAAGUGGUGCAGAAAAUUACGUUGACAAGGGACCUCUUGAUAUUUAUGGAGCUCAUCAUCUCGCUCGAUUAUUCGCUGUUCUCCCCGAACUUAUUGCUCAGACAAACAUGGACCAACAAUCCAUCAACCGUCUGCGCGAAGAGUUGAGCAAAUUCACAAUCUGGUUGAGCCGCAAUUCCGAAAAGUUCUUUUCAAACAAGUAUAUUAGUGCUAGUACGGAAUACUUGGAAAAGGCUACUGGAGUGCCGAUUCCUAAUCCAGGCACUGCAACCUCUCGUCUUAUCUGAGCAUUCGAGAGUGAAGAUGCCGAAGGAUGGAACUGGAGAAUACGAUAAUAGCUGGGUGAAUUUGGAUAUCAUUUACCCUCACGGGGGACCGCUCUGGUGUUGUGCGAUAUGUAUUAGGAUAAUUAGGUCUCGUAUGAAUUGAUAGCUCAUCAUUGUGACAACCUCCUAUAUGUAGUAGAUAUCGUAGACUCCAAAAACACAAAGUGUGCUUGUAUAUACACGAAAACAAGCUAUGUAAACAACAAAUCGAACCACCCGCGAAUUUACUACAGAACGAGCUUCCUCGCAUCCUCAACAGCACAUCGCGCCGCGCGCUUCAACUCAAGCUUCCUAUCCGCCUCGCGCCAUUUUUCCCACGUAUUCAAUCCUUCCUGCGGCUGAAUGCUGAGUGUAUCGUAUCCCUGCUUGAUAAUCUGAUGCACUUCCCUCGGACCAAGAUUCUUCUUUCGGGCAGUAGCGGCCGUAUCACCGGACUCGGUCGCGGAUUUAUCCGUCUGGAAAAGCAGUGUGAGAAAAUGGGUGGAGACGGUAAUUAGAGUAUUGACAGACGCUCCCUGAGGAGCAUUACUGCCGGGUACUGGUGUCAUCGUCGUCAAUUUAUAAGCGUCCCGAAAUCGAGCGAUGAUCGGCCCAGCUUCGACGAUUUUGUAAAAGAGAUCGUCAUAUGAGGCUGGGUCGGGGAGGAAAGUGUCACCCGUCGAUAAUGUGAAUGCAAUCAGGUCCACGAGUGAGAUUGUCAGGGUAUCGAUGUGUGGUGAUGAGGACAGAUCGGAUGAGUAAGUGGUGAGGAAUCGCAUGAGGGAGAGAAGAGUGCGCCACAUUUCGGCCCAGUGGUAUGUGAGUCGGGUUUUGUUAGAGGAGAGGUAGGUG